CCAACAGCAUUCAACAGGCUAUUUUUAUCCCCCGUGCACAUGCUCGCGACGAAUAUACAUAUAUAAUACAAUAACAAUAUCAUUAUCAACUAUUUUUAUUAUUAUUAUUAUUGCCACCGCCGCCGCCGAAAUUUUCGUCUUCACCGCUGCACCAGCAGCACUGAGCAYUUUGAACAGACCGCGACUAGACUAUGCGGACUGCUCCCUUCCUCCUCAUCAACUGUUGUAGUACGAUCAGCAGCAGCAACAGCAGCAACAUCAUCGCUAUCGUCAGCACCAGCCUUGUCUUUACCAGUCCGCCUGCUCGACGACCCUAGUUUUGAUUCCGUCCGUGCGGUCGGAAAUUGUUUUUUUUGGGAUCGAGUAAAAGAAGAGAAAUCUUGACAACCCCUGCACGCUACCUGCAAUCACCCCCGCACACCCGUAGUGUAGUCUGACAAACACGCGAUUGUCGACUGACCUACACACGCCGCGGACRGAAGAUUAACGAUGCCUCCGGAUAUUAGCGAUCGUACGCGUGUGAGCGUCGACAAAUUAUUGUACAGUCGUGACGUGCCGUCCAUCAUGCCCGGUGUUUGCAGUGAUCCAAAUUUUUUUGAGACCACCAUCGAGCCGCUGCUCGUGGCCGGCCGCGAGGGUGACCUGUGCGAGUGGCUCAAGAAAAAUGGACUGAUUGCCAAGGAAAUGAAAUGCCCAAACAAUGAGUGUCUAACCACAGACAAGAUGCAGUGGCACCGCGCACGUGUCGUGGAUAAGUUCAACUGGGUGUGCCUGGAGUGCAAGAAGAAGGUGCCGGUUAGGAGCUCGUCUUUCUUCGCCGACUUCAAGUGUGAGCUGGGUUAUGCGCUAAAAGUCAUUGACAGUUGGUGUAAGAAUAUGCCUCUGAGCGAUAUCAGUGGUGAAGGCAGAACCAAAGUAAAUGUGGCCAAGCGUAUUUACAAUGCAUGUACUCAAGUGGCCGAGUGGCAGUUAAAAAAAAUUGUUGGCGACUUCAAAUUGGGUGGCACUGAUGUUGUAGUCAUCGUAGAUGUAUUUCCAGAUGGCAACAUGAGUUUAGAAGUACCAACUACGUCCCAUAAUAAUAACUUUUCCAAAAGAGUGCUAUGCAUUGCCGAUACAGCCCAUGUACCUGUUCGCGUUUGGGCAAGUCUUCUGGAUGGAUCUAAUAAAGAAAAUUCUAAAAUUGUAGAAAUGGUCAAAAGCCAUGUAAUGAUGGGUUCAACUAUUGUAACAAAUGAAAUGUUAUAUCCGUUGUUGCACAAUUUACCUGGAAUAGGAGAAGUCAUAAGCACAGAAGCAUUGAUGAAUUUAGACAUAAACCACGAUCACAAAUCUUUAAAAAAUUUGGAAACUAUAUGGGCUACCACUGUAGAAGCCUGUAUUCAAUUACAAGACAUGUCUACAACACAUGCUGAACAGCAUCUAUAUGAACUUCAGUGGAGACAGAUGUAUGGAUUUAUAGCGCUUCCAUCCUUAAUACAGCAUAUUGUUGAGUAUACAGCUUACAAUAACCCUAUAUGUCCACCUUUGCCAAGCAUAUGGCCUACAAAUUAAAUCAAUUAAUAAGUACAAAUGUUAACUUAUUGCUAAACCCACCGCUUAAUAUAAUAUACAUGGUAAUUUUUGUCAAUUAUUGUACGCCAUUAUGACUACUAUUAAGUUUGAAAAUGUUAAUUUAAUUAAUCUUGUCCAUUAUCAUUAUUUCUCAUAUAACAAUUCUCUUAAUGAUAUUUUGACAUAAUUCAAUUUUUAAAUGUAAUGCUAAAAGACUUWAUAGUAAUAAUAAUAACAUUUAAAAUCAAUAACAUAAAGAUCCAAAUUCAAUUUUUUUAAACCAAAAAUAAUUUUAAUUGAUAUACUGAAUAAUCCUUAGAUAUUAAACCAUUUUAUGCGUUCUAAGUACUAGAUUUAAUCCUCUAAUUCAAGGCAAUACCUAGUAUAUAUUAUAUUUUUUUUAAGUUAUACUUUUCAAACGAACAUCACAUCUUAUAAUAUUAAUUGAUCUUGAAAAGUAUGUUUAUCUUCACCUUUGACUUAUUUGUUCUUAUUAUUUCAAUGGAAGUGUAAUAAAURUAAAAUUAUUUUUUAACAAUCAGAUAUCAAUACAUUGAAAUUCCAUAAUUUAAAAGAAUUAAAUAAUCCACACUUAAAUAAUUUGGUAUGAGAUAUCUAUCAAUCGUUUUUAAAUUUAUUAACAUUAUAUUUUGGAAAAUAAUAAGUAUGUUUGUGCCUACA